AGUUCAGUGUUUUUCUGCAGCAGAGACUUUGUGGAGUUUUUGAAGUUUUUGGUCCGAGUCUGUAGUCUCUCUGACGUGUGAGGACAGAGUCAUCAUGGUGACCACUGAGGCCCACCAGAGUCAGGACCUACAGGUCCCCUCCCUGAACGAGGACCUCCAGGACCACCAGGAGGAGGACCAGGUCUCCCCAUCGUCCGCCUUGGCAGGAUUUGACCCCGAGGCGAUGAGUCAGGGUCCCGUCAAUGCCAUCACCGUGCUCACUCUGCUGGACAAACUCGUCAACAUGCUGGACGCAGUGCAGGAAAACCAGAACAAGAUGGAGGUGCAUCAGGUGGAGAUGGAGGGCGUGGUCAGAGGGAUUCAGGCGGAUAUGACCAAACUGUCCAAGAGCCACAGCCACACCUCCAACACUGUCAGCAAGCUGCUGGACAAGAGCCGCAAACUGUCCGUCACCAUGAAGGAGGUUCGUGAUAAGAUGGAACGUCAGGGUGUUCAGGUGAAGAAGCUGGAGGCAAACCAUGCCCACCUGAUCAGCAGGAACAACUUUAAAGUUCUCAUCUUCCAGGAGGAGAAUGAGAUUCCAUCCACUGUUUUCGUGAAAGACCCACCUCCGUUCCCUCGUGAUGAAAUUUUGGAAGAAGGCGAUGAAUCACUGGAGGGCACCAUCGAUGGCAACCGUUCCCAAGAGGGCGGGCUCCAUACUAUCGACCUAUCAUCUGACGAGGACGUUGGGCUGGAGGCGGAGCUAGAGGAAGAGGAGAUGUGGCCUCAUGAUCUGGAGAACAUGGAGAAAUCCAGAGCUGAGAAACUGAAACGUUCCAGUCUGAAGAAGGUCGACAGUCUGAAGAAGGCUUUCUCCAGGCAGAACAUUGAGAAGAAGAUGACGAAGAUCGGAACCAAAAUUGUUUCUCAGGAACAACGAGACAAGAUCAAACAGAGAACCUCCAGCCUGAAGGUUUCCCCUCUGUCCUUCAGCAUGAAGAAGCCUCGCAGCAGUUCUGACUCUCAGCCCCCCGAGGCCUCCCUUCAGAUAGAGGAGUUGGCCAUCGCCGAGGCAGAAGUCCAGCUCUCCCCACUGGAAAGCACCGACCAGGAGGUCCCCUUCACCGAGGUCCACGCCCAGCUGGCUCCAUCUGAGCUGGAGGAGAAAGAGGAGGAGGAGUUGAAAGAGGAGGAGGAGGUGAAAGAGGAGGAGAAAGAGGAGGAGGAGAAAGAGGAAGAGGAGAGAGCAGGUGUGGAGGUGUCAGGGGUGGAGGCGGAUCUGUCGGUGUUGUCGGAGGGAGUUAGUCACGAGUAUGCUCUGUCCUCCACCCUGCCUCAGGAGGAGAAAGAGGAGGAAUCCUAAACACUCCCAGUGUUAAAGGAGCAGUUCAACAUUCUUCUCUUUCUCUCUGAAAGUCACAUGUACUAAUGGAUGCAAACAGCUGGUUAGCCUAGCUUAGCAUAAAGACAGGUGACAGCUAUCUUAGCGGAAGGUUUCACUAAAUGUUGAACUGUCCCUUUAAAGUGUCGAGCUGUUUAUUGAUGAAUAUUUCUUUUAUUGAUAAACACAAACUCCGCGCACACAAUUUCAUUCCAGAUAUCUGAUCAUCUAUGCUGAUAUUGAAACUUUGCAUCUCCAACAUUUUAACUUUUCAGGAACUAAAAGGCAAAAGCGUCUUUUCUGAUUUUAAAGUUUUGAAUGAAGUCGGAGAACUUUAAUUCUUCAACUGAUCUGAAAACAUUAAAAAAAAAAAAACACACAUAAAUGUGGAGAUGCUUGGUUUUAAUUGAUCACUAUUUAGUGUAGUUCUAGUUUGCUUUUUAUGUUUAUUCUUGUUUUCAUUCAAAAACAGCUGACUCAUAAAAGUUAUAUUUUGAUCAGUGGAACCAAGGUUCACACAAACACAAGGAACUCUGGGGUCAUUGAGGUAAACAUGGUGCUGAACACAUCCCUGAAAACACAAAACCUCUAAUGUUCUGUGGAUUAGCUCCAAAUGGUCUAUUAAAGGGUUCCUCUCAGGUUCUACUACUGGUUCCAGAACAUUUGCCCAAGGUUCCUCAAAGGAUGCCAUAACAUUUCCCAAAGGAUCCCUUAUGUGUUUGCUAUGGUACCUAUGCUAUGGUUGGACAAAGUUCCUGCCCAAGAUUUUUUUUUUUUUGGUUCGUCCAAGGUUCCUCUAAUAUUCCCAGAAGAUUCUCCUAAAAUUCGACGAUGGUUGGCCUAGGUUCCCGCCCAAGAUUUUUAGUUUUGGUUCCUCCAAGGUUCCUCUAAUAUGUCCAGAAGAUUCUCCUAAAGUUCUACUAUGGCUGGACAAGGUUCCCCCUAGGGUGUUCCUAUUCAGAUUUUGGCUUUGGUUCUUCCAAGGUUCCUCUUAUAUUCCCAGAAGGUUCUUCCUCAGUUUCUCUAAAGUUUUACAAACGUUGGCCAAGGCUCCCCGGGAGUUCCAUUAGGAUUUUGUUUUCGGUUCCUCCAAGGUUCCUUGAAAGAAGGUCUGUUAUGGUUGGUCAAGUUUUACAUUUGGUGUGAACACACCAUAAAGUUCCCUGAAGUUUUCACUGAGGUUCUAUCACAGUUCCACCAAAUUUUUUCUUAAGGUUCCUGAAACAUUCUUGUGAUGUUCUUCUGACGUUCCUGUUUGUUUAAAUAAAGUCUGUCAGCUUUCUAUAAUAGAAACGAUAAAUUAUUUCCAAGGAUCAAUAGGUUGAUUAGUUUAGUUUGCUACCCUGUUGAUAAUUUAACUGCUUAUUAACUAAAGUAUUAAAAACUGCAGACCUGAUCCAACAGUGUGAUCUGUGACACGAUCGACUGGAAACAGAGCAUUUGUUCUUUUUGUUGUUUUCAGGUUAAAAGUCGCUGUUCUUUGUUCUUUUUAUUUUAUUUUAACAUGAAUCGGAAACUUUUUGCUGCCAAAGAACAUUUCCUGUUUGACUUGUGUUUCCUGUCAAACUGUCAAUCAUUCAGCAGGUGUGUAAGAAUCACCUGAACUCUAUAAUCAAUAAAUCAGUGUAACCAUGA